AGAUUCAGAUUUAACUUCUCCAUAACACACCAUCAUGGAUCUAUUCAGCACACUGAUUCUAGCUGGUGUCUUAAUUGGAUUGAUUUUUAUCAUGUUCUUAAAAAAAUCAAACCUUUAUUCUAAGAUGCCACCUGGCCCAACACCCCUACCAUUAAUUGGAAAUAUGCUUCAGGUGAAUAGCAGGACUCCCCAUGAGAGCUUCAUGAAGCUGAGUGAAACAUAUGGACCUGUGAUGACAGUGUACCUUGGCCCACACCCAGUGGUUGUUUUGGUUGGACUACAGGCAAUUCAAGAAGCACUGUUGCAGCAGGCAGAUGCAUUUUCAGGGAGAGCAUGUCUACCGAUGUUUAAGAAGAUCACAAAUGGGUUUGGAGUGGCAUUUACUAAUGGCGAGAACUGGAAACAGCUUCGCCGGUUUUCUAUAACAACACUCAGAGAUUAUGGAGUAGGUAGGCGUAGUAUUGAGGAGUGGAUCCAAGAAGAAGCACAAAACCUUGUAAAGGAAUUCAAAAAAUAUCAAGGUUCUCCCUUAGACCCUAAAGUCAUUCUAAGCUGUGCUGUUUGCAAUGUCAUCUGCUCUGUUCUUUAUGGAAAACGUUUUGAAUAUAAGAGUGCCAUUUUCACUCACUUGGUGUCUGUAGUUUCCACAGUGGUUGCUCUCAUUAGUACCCCGAUGACACAGUUGUACAACAUAUUUCCUAACCUGUGUAAAUUCCUGCCUGGAUCUCAUAAAGAAUUGUUCAAACAAAUAGAUGAAAUGAACAUCACAAUCAAAUCAAUGAUUUUAGAAUGCAGUAAAAAUUUGAGCAAUGACAGCCCUCAGAAUUUUGUCGACAGUUUCCUUCUUAAAAUGAAAGAGGAAAAAGAAAAUCCCAAUAGCUCUUUCACCUAUGACGAUUUACUGGGAACCAUUAAUAAUCUCUUUAUGGCUGGCACAGAGACUACAAGCACCACUUUACGAUAUGGACUGAUGCUUCUCAUCAAGUACCCCCAUAUCCAAGAAAAUAUUCAAAAAGAGAUUGAAGCUGUCAUUGGUCAUGAGCGUAGCCCCUGUAUGGAGGAUCGGAAGAAGAUGCCAUUCACGGAUGCUGUAAUUCACGAGAUCCAGAGGUUUAGUGAUCUGCUGCCUUUGAAUGUAAUCCACACCACCACCAAAGACACCAUUUUUCGAGGAUACUUCAUUCCAGCGGGUACCAUGGUGGCCCCUUUGCUUCAUUCAUUGCUGUUUGACAAGACAUUGUGGGAAUCUCCUAACUCCUUCAAUCCUGGUCACUUUUUGGAUGAGCAUGGUCACUUCAAAAUGAAUCCCGCAUUCCUUCCAUUUUCUACAGGAAAGAGAGUCUGUAUAGGUGAACACCUGGCCCGCACAGAGAUUUUCCUAUUUAUGACCUCCCUGCUGCAGAACUUUUCUUUCCGUUCCAUCGUGGAUCCAGAGCUCGUCAACAUUACUCCAGAUGAAAGUUCUUUUGUAAAAGUGCCACGGUCUUACAAACUCCUGGUAUGCCCUCACCAAUGACAGCUGAACACUGAAACCUUUAGAAAAUCAACAAAAUUCACCUUAUGUUCUGUCUUCAUUUGUUCCAAGGCUCUUAUAUCUGUGUCUUUGUGUUCUGAGGUAUUGUGUAGCAGUGUUUAAUCUGUAUGGCCACACAAGCCAGGCAUUGUGCAGAAAGCACAACUGGUCAGGAUUCACAUGUGUCACACCAGUUCACAUACCUGCCAAUGUUUUUGUAUUAGAAAACGGUCUUCAUAUCAAAAUAAACCAUUUUGGGACAAA